AUGGACCUGUCCAGCAAAAUUGACAUGAGCCUGGGUAGUUACUCUUGCUGACUUCACUUGGUUUUCUCAGUCUUACUUGUUCGAGGCUCGUGCUCACGCCGCUCAAGGGUUUUUCGCUUUUCAUGCACAGAACCUUCAUUACCUAUACCUAGGUUCAGGAACCAGGUCGUCUCACUGCCAAGGGAAUUCUGCCACAUCAUUUGGGCCUCCGCGGCUUUAAUGUUCUUUGACAUUUAUUUCUGGCCUUGAACCACGCUUCAUGUGUUUUCAUUCCGCGCCUCUAGUCUUCAUGAUCUGCAUUGCGUUGACUUAUCGUCGCGUGCGGAUGUUACAUCUCUAGUAGCGAUUCCGUAUCUAAGCGACAGGGGCUCGCUGCGGGAGUUAUAUGUCUUUGUAUAUAUAUAGCUGCCAAAUGUGUCUAACGCAUUGGUCGUGUUCCCGAAGUGUCCUGCUGUCCGCGUUAUGACUCGGAGAUGAUGUGAUAAACUAAGUAUUCGAUUCUACGUUACCGCACCCUAACGUCCACACUUUUAUUCCUAAGUAUGCUUUUUAAAUUGGUCUUUAUAGUUUGUGUACUAUCUUAACUCCUGUGCCGCAUCAACUUUCGAAACGUUUGUGGCCAUAAACGAUCGAAUGAGUCGAGUCACAAGUGGACUUCCUCCCCUGUCUAUCGUCCCUCUGUUGUCUGAGCUCUAAUUCCAAACCUUUCUCUGGCUUUUUAGAUACCUUUUAAGUGACAUUACUAUAGACUUAUGCCCUGCCGACGUUGUCUGUCUAAUUUUUGCGGUUUUUAUUGGCUAUGUGCGUCGACCAUUUUCAAUACCGAUUUCGAUUUCUCCCAGAUGAUAUAAUCAAAUCGAACAAAAAGAACAAGCAAACUGCUGUCAACGUCGCAGGAAAGUCAUCGAUGCGUGGACGCCGCGGUCGUGUGUCGGCUCUGAAGUCGCCACUUCGGAAGGGAUCCGCUCUCAGGCCGAAUCUAGCAGUCACGAUGAAGUCUCGCCAGUCUGCCACAGCCCUCGCCAUCUUUCGGAAGGCACAGCGUACAGCAGCAGCUGCCGCCAAGAUUGCUGCAAGCGCCGCUGCUCUCCUUUCUACGAAGCCGACCCAGAGACGCCUCCCAUCCGCUGGUGAUUACGUAAAACCUUUGAUUUUUAAGUCUGUUCGCCUACUGACGCUCGUAGUCCGGAAGUUCUCUGCAUUCUAGUGCUGAAUAUGCUGACGAUGGAUCACCUUUCACCGUUCUUAAAUGGAUUGCUAGAAGCGUAGCAGUCGAUUAGUCUUCGAUAGAGAUUUCUUUGUUUGCGUUCCUCCGGAUCCAUAGGAUAAGGUUGAUUAUCAUAAAAACGGGAUUAUCCCUAAAUACACUUCCAAUACCAGCAAUGUAAGGACGACAGGCGUUUUACAUCGUCGAUCACCAUUAUGCCUGCUACGCAGUUUUACCUCAGGGGCCGCCUUGCUGGGCGCGUUCGUAUUCACAGUUCGGUUCACAGUAGUUCAAAGACAGGCUUUCUUUCCCCCUGUGUACAUGAACUUCGGUAUUUUUUUGCUAUUUACUAAUUAUUUUGGAUGGUGUUUUCAUUCUUCAGAGGAUCGCGGCUCCUAAUCAUAGUGCAGUGUCUCGAGAUGGAUCCAUUUCUGAUAGACAUAAUGUGCCUAGCGUUUUCUGAGCUUUCUGCAGGCUCUGCCCCUGUUUCCGACCGCGGUUAACGCGUCUGUGCCACAAUCGCCGGACACAGGCCUGAUCACAUUGUUUGGCCGUUAUGUUCCCAAAUGUAACCCUAUGCCAAGUCUACUGCUGGUGGGAGGUCCGUUGAGAAGGCGUAACCGACCAGCUGUCUAUAUUGGCCCAUGUGGAUGGAGGGGAACAAUCGUCACGAGUUAUUUUACGCCUCAAUUUUUUCCACUCAAAACGCCUCCGACUGCUUUAAUGGUCUUACGUUUGCGCCUGUGAUGGUGGUGACCUUCAGUGCCGCGUACCACUGUCACUCCAUCAGUCGCACAUGUUGUAUGAAAGUCGUUUGCACUCGUUUACCUUUGGACAACGUCUUCAGCUCCUGAUCUACGUGCCACUCACAUCAACCCUGGCCGCAUUCGACGACAAGGGAAUUCAAGUGCCAACACCGUACGGCCACUUCGAAACCCUAUCAUAACGUUUCCAAGCAGUCAAAGAGGCGGACGGUUUCAAACUCGACAGAAUAGUCGCCAGCAGUCCGGCAUUCGGAGACAGUUUGGUGGUAGAGGCAAUGGAACGACUCCUCAGUCAGCAUAUCGCCGUCAAACUCGGCCACAAAAUCUCCGUAAGUGUAUUUUUUUAUAUCUCCUGGUUCAUCCCAAUAGUCUACGUAGUCGCCCAUUGCUAACCAAGAUUUCAUUUUUGUGUAGGCUUUAACGGCACUCCUAGUGGCCAGUCUCGUCGCGGCACCAACCGAAGCGCCGGUCAACAUUCUGAUUACUACUAUAAACUGUCCCGGCGAGCUCAGAUUGCGCAAUCUCGGCGGAACCAAGAGUAUCUCGCUCAGGCGCGCGCGCUUAUUCGGGCACAAGAGGAAAUAAGAAAACAGGCAGUCUAUUCCGAUGCCUCCCUCCCACGUGCUGGCAAUUCCCGCGGUCGUCCUCGCCGAUAA